UAAUGUCAGAAGAAUUGUGUGGUGAGCAAGAACGCAGGAACUACCAGGUUGGUGAGACUGUGGACUAAAUUCACUGUAAUGUUGUACAGUACCUACGUUGAGAACUCUGAUGAAAAAGGUAUGGACUAUUGGCGAGUAGGAUGGAAAAAGGUCAAAACAUCUGUAAACGUAGCGAGUGUGCUUUAGGUAAAUAUGCGACACUUUUUGUGUUCUUUGAUGAGUAGGGACAUCCACUGCUCAAGAGUAUAGAGACAGUGAGAGAAUAUUGAGGCUGGAAGUUGCUUCAGUUAUGAUUGAUUUUAGUGCUCGAUCUCGGGGUAUCUGAUGCCCAUCUCUCCUCCUCCCAAGCUAAGUGCGCGUGUUAAGAGAGAGAUUCUUUUAAUUCAAUGGGAAAGGAAAAUGUGUCACAUACAAUGAAGGAUGGAGUCACCAAUGAGGAUUGCUCUUCUAUCGAGAGUGAAGAAUCAGGGUCUCACCCAUGUCAUAGUUUUGACAAGGAGGCAGGCCUGCCAAGUUGUCGUGUGUGCCAAUGUACUGAAUCUGACAAAAUGGGGGAUGCUGUUUUAGGAUUUUUGGGCAUCUCUCUUCCAUCACAAGAUGCAAGUAAAAGCUAUGGGAAGGUUCAGCCUGAUAGGAAGGAAGUAAUCAAAGAUGUUGAAAAUAAUUUUUCUCUAAAAAAGAAUGGUGGAAGAGAACGUGGGCUUGUGGAGUUUAUUGGCCCUGAUGGGGAGGUUUUCAUUUGUAAUACAGAUUUGGAGAUGGGUUCGUGUCACCACCAAGACACAUUGGUAGAGCUUGGUUGUUCUUGCAAAAAUGACCUUGCUUUAGUACACUAUGCUUGUGCUUUAAAAUGGUUCGUUAACCAUGGAUCCACAGUUUGUGAAAUCUGUGGAUGUGUUGCAAAAAAUAUUAGAACUGCAGACUUCAAAAAGGUUGUGGGUUCUUUAAAGGAAUUUGAAGCAUUGAGAGAAAGGACUGCUAGUGGAGAACCCAGUCCUGCACCAUUGCGUACAAAUCAAGGUGUAGAUCCCGAUGCUGUUGCUGCCAUCCGAAGGCAACGGCUUAGUGAGAUUUCAUUGUGGUUUAUUCCACAUAAUAAUAGUAACUAUAAUAAUUCUGCUGCAGUUUCACAGGUUGUUUCUGAACAACCUUUGAAUACUGUCUCAGAAGAUGUUGUCCCUGAUGAAAAUCCUGCAACCAAGUGGGCCGUGGAAGGUACUGGGAUUCUGCUUGCUACAGGACUUCUUACUGUUACUCUUGCAUGGCUCAUUGCACCUCGUGUUGGGAAGAAAACUGCCAGAAGUGGCCUUCAUAUUCUCCUUGGAGGCAUUUGUGCUCUAACAAUUGUGGUUUUCUUUCGCUUUUUUGUGCUUACCAGAAUCAAGUAUGGACCUGCACGCUACUGGGCAAUCUUGUUCGUCUUUUGGUUUCUUGUCUUUGGUAUAUGGGCUUCGCGGACUCAUGGCACUCAUUCAGCAUGAUUAUGUCAGCAUAAUGUUUAUCCAUGUCAAUCACCCCUUUUUUUUUUGCCAUUGUAGAACUGCAUUUUAUUUCAUAGAUGUCUCCAAUGCACGAACAAAAAAUGAGUAAUGUCUUAAAAUGUAUAAGCCCAUUAUUGUAAAGUAGCUCUUUUGUGGGCAAUGUUGUUCCGGUGCAACAUUUCUAUGUUUGUCAACAGCAGGUCUCUGGCUUUACCCUUGCAUGGUAAA